GUGAAAGUGGGUGGUCCUGCGUGGGCGGAGAAUUGGCCGCGUCCUGGGGCUUUCUUCCCACCUCUAAGCUGUUUUGUCCCUGACUAAGUGCGACUAAAAAACUCUCCUGGGAAGGCAGGAAGACUGCUGGGCUGGUGUGCCGGUCUCUCUGCUUGUCUUCCUGCAGGCGUGGGAUCUUUCGCUCUGUGGGUCAGAGACAAAGCGGGUCAUGGGGACGGUGGCGAAGAUCAAGAGCUGCCUGGCUGCAGGGCUGUUACGGAACCAAGUGGCUAUCGUCACCGGCGGCGGCACAGGCAUUGGCAAGGCUAUAGCUGCCGAGCUGCUGCACUUAGAAUGUAAUGUAGUUAUUGCCUCCCGUCGAUUUGAUGUAUUAAAGUCUACAGCAGAAGAGUUGAAUGCUGCCCGCCUUCCCUCCAACCCAGCUAUUGUUGCUCCCAUCCAGUGCAAUAUUCGAAAAGAAGAAGAGGUUAACAAUUUGGUUAAAUCCACAUUAGAUAUCCAUGGUAAGAUCAAUUUCUUGGUGAACAAUGGAGGAGGUCAGUUCUUAUCUCCUGCUGAACUCAUCACUGCAAAGGGAUGGAAUGCUGUGGUUGAAACCAACCUGACUGGCACUUUCUACCUUUGCAAAGCAGUAUUCAACUCCUGGAUGAAGGAACACGGAGGGUCUAUUGUGAACAUCAUUGUCAUAUUAAGUCAAGGAUUUCCUGGAGGAACGCACAGUGGAGCAGCAAGAGCUGGGGUUGAAAAUAUGAGCAAAACUUUGGCAAUGGAAUGGGCCCCCUAUGGAAUAAGAAUCAAUUGUAUCAGUCCUGGAAUAAUUUAUUCCCCAACUGCCUUUGGCAGCUAUGAAAAGGCUACACAGACUCAGAUAAACCAGUACUAUCAACAUUGCCUAGCUAAGAGAUUUGGUGUUCCUGAGGAGAUCUCUUCCGUUGCAUGCUUCUUGUUAUCUCCUGGAGCUUCAUAUAUUACAGGACACACGGUUGUUGUGGAUGGUGGUAGUACUGUGUAUUCCAGAAGGUUGGACAUACCAGACCAUGACAACUGGCCUGAUGGACUAUGGGAUCUUUCCACAGUCAAGAGAUUGAAAGCUCUCUUAAAGGAGAAAUCCCAACUUUAAACUGAGGAAAGUAAAAAAAUGAAGUCUUUUCUACUUUCAAUGAAGAAUGAAUUUUAACAUUUUCUGAGAAUUUAUACUUUUUAUGGAAAAUUGCCUGCUGCAUGAAAAAAAUUAUAAAUCAUAUCUUGGCACAAGGAAUGAUUCCAAUGAUUUAAAAAACAUGCCUAUAUGUCUUUUUAAUGUUUUCAGAAUGUCGAUGCAGAUUAGAAAAAUAUAAACCUCAAGUAAUCACCUCUUCUGUUUUGAUUCUUACCUCUUAAAAUGCGGAAUAUAGGGAAAGAUAAACAAUGUACUUGUUUGUGGUGCAUUACCCCUUUGAGCAGUUGAGUGAAGCAAAAAAUAAACUAAGAAUGAUUAAUGGUAGUGUUCUCUUUUCCUUCUUAGAUUUAUUUUAUAGGCCCAAAUGAGAGAAAAAGUCUGUUGGGAUCAUGGACUUUACAAGCACUUUUACAUAAAUUAGUCAUUUGGGGUAGCAGUGUCUGCUUUCUUUUUAUCAAUAAACUUAUGUUAUUUUGAAAAAUAA